AUGUCGUUCAGCUUCGGAAACACAAGCUCUUCGGGCGCAUCGAACAACAACACGACAUCGACUGCGCCAGCUUCUGGCAACCUGUUUGGAGCUGCUACUGGGAGCCCCGGCUUCUCGUUCGGCUCUAUCGGUGGUUCCGCCGCCGGUAACAACUCGACACCUACCGCCAACACUACAAGCAACUUGUUCGGUGGUCAACAAAGCGGCGCAACAGCUCAGAAGCCCGCUGGAGGUCUGUUUGGCGGCGGCGCGACUGCGAACAACACCUCUACUACACCCUCCUCCAGCGGUAUCUUCGGCGGAGGAGGCUCUACUACUCCUGCGACAGGCGGGCUUUUUGGAGGAGGUGCCUCUACCACGCCUGCAGCAACUACAGCUCCUUCCAGCGGUGGAAUGUUUGGCGGCGGCGGCACUACUACGGCCCCUGCAUCUGGAGGGCUGUUUGGAAACGCAGGAAACAACACAAGCAAGCCUGCCAGCAACCUCUUCGGAGGUGGUGGCUCCUCUGCCGCUGCUGGUAGCACUGGUGGUCUGUUUGGCCAGAACAACGCCAACCAGACCUCAACUGCCACCACCGCAGCCCCUUCAACGUCAGGUUUGUUCGGUAACGCUGCUGCUGGCGCUGCUACUCCCGCUAAGCCUACCUUUUCUUUACCAUCAACGACCCCAGCUGGAGCACCGCCUACCGAUGCCGCGAAGCCUGCCGGUGGAUUGUUUGGCAACACUGGUGCACAAGCCUCCACCGGAUCCUCUGGACUAUUUGGAAACGCAGCAAAGCCAGCAACUACCACCACAUCGUCUGCUCAGCCUAGCACGACGGCUUCAGCAACGCCUGGUGGUCUUUUCGGUGGAGGAGGCCAGUCUGGGAACAGCACUCCUGCCGGAGGUCUUUUCGGAGCAAAGCCAGCAGCUGCCCCUUCUCCCGCUCCUGCUGCUGGUGGCUUGUUCGGCGCAAAGCCUGAAGGAGCUGCCCCUGCUGCCGCAUCACAAGGAGGCUCAGCCCCUUCUACCACUGCAACAUCUCUGUUCGGUGCUAAGCCUGCAGCCCCAGCGACUUCGACAGCAGGCUCAGCACCAGCUGGUGGCCUCUUUGGUGGCGGCGCAACAACUUCCGCUGCAUCUGGAAGUUCCACCACCGCCACAGCCGGAGGACUGUUCGGAAACAAGCCUGCGACCACCACGACUUCUGCUGCAACUCCUGCUGCGACUUCAACUGCUGGCGGUCUUUUUGGCGGCGCUCCUAAGCCCUCUACCGAAACACCUACCACAAAGCCAGCUGGUGGCUUGUUCGGCGCUCCUGCUAGCAGUCAAGCAGCAGGCUCGACAGCUGCUACCACUGCUACCACUGGCGCAUCAACGACCACGUCUGCUCCAGCAACGGGCUCUACUCCUGCUCCAGCCAGCAGUUUGUUCGGUGCGAAGCCAGCCACAGAUGCCAGCAAGGACGCGGUUAAGCCUGCGACUACCAGCACCACUCCCGGUCCUCUGGGCGCCUCUACAACUGGCCCAACAUCCCAGAUGGCCCGCCUCAAGAACAAGACCAUGGAAGACAUUGUGACAAGAUGGGCAUCGGAUCUUUCCAAGUAUCAGAAAGAAUUUAAGGAGCAAGCUACUACCGUGUCUACUUGGGAUAGAAGCCUUGUAGAGAAUGGCGAGAAGAUCCAGAAGCUCUACCUCGAUACGUUUGAAGCCGAGCGAGCGAGCCACGAAAUCGAGCGACAACUUGCUGCUGUCGAGAGUCAACAAGAUGAGCUUGAGGCAUGGUUGGACCGUUAUGAGUCCGAGGUUCAAGACAUGUUCGCUAAACAGCUUGGCCCUGGCGAACAGUUGGCUGGACCUGAUCAGGAACGUGAGCGUACUUACAAGCUGGCUGAGAAGCUCACACAACAGUUGGAUGAGAAGUCCCGUGAUUUGUCCAAGAUGGUUAAGGAAAUCAACGACAUUUCUGGUACAUUGAACAAGGGCGCUAAACCCGAGGACCCUCUAAGCCAAAUCGUCCGGGUCCUUAACGGCCACCUGACACAGCUGCAGUGGAUUGAUGCUAAUGCCUCGUCACUACAAGCCAAGGUGGCAGCUGCUCAGAAAUCAAGCAGCAACCUGGGAAGCCACUAUGCUGGCUCGGAUAAUGAUGCGGCGGAGAGCUUCUAUCGCUCAUACAUGGGACGGCGAUGA